AUGUUAAAAAAUAUAAAUGUUUUAAGAAAUAAGAGUGUUAAUAAGAGAAGAUUGUGUGAUAAUUCUCAAAAUUCUCCCAAUAAAAGUACUAAUACUGGCACUUUUCCAAAACACAUAAAAUUUGAUUCAUCAUCCAGUGAUGAAGGUGAAAAUGAAAAAACAUCAUCAAAUACAAAAAAUUUGUCAAUUUUGGAGUCAACACCCGCUCCUCAUAAUAUUGCCUUUAUAAAAAAUAAUGAUGUUAAUAGUGAUGAUUUUGUCUACAGUAGUGAUGAUGAAUGUUUUGAUCCAUUUUUAAACAAAAAUCCUAAAGAUUUUGAAAAAUGUGAUGAAUUAAAUUCUGAAAAUAUUAAUUCUGAGUUUGAUGAAAUUAAUAGUGAUAAUACUGAUGUUUCAAAUAAUGAUGAAAAAAAUUUAAAUAAUGAUGAUAAUAAUGAGAAAGAAGAUAGAAAAACCGAGGUAGUUGAUAAUAUAAGAGUUCCAAAAAAUCAAAAUCGUCCUAAAAUUCAAUGUUUUGUUUGUGGAAAAUUUGAUCUUAAUUUUAAAAGACAUUGGUUUACAAAAUGUGGAAAAAAUACUGAAUUCACAAAAGCAAAAUUAUCGGCUUGUAAACUUUCAGGUGCAUGGCAAAAUUCCAUAUUUGGUGAAUAUAUUGAAUAUAGAAAAAAUAUUCAUAGGUAUUCUAAAAGAUUAAUUUUUGGAAAAAAAAGACUUGUUCAAGCUUUCAAUUGCCAAAACAAUUUACUUUCAAAUAUGCUUUUUAAUAUUGUUGGAAACUCAGUUAGUUCGGAUAACAUUGAAAAUAUUAUUUUAUCAAUUGAUAAUAAUUUUCCUAAAUUUAUAUCAAUAAUUUCUAAUUUUAGUAAAGGAUCAACCACAUCUAAUUUUUUCAAGUCAAUUUAUUAUUUUCUUGAAUUUUUAAAUCUUAGAAAAAUAUCCGUAAAAAAAGAAGGAAGGGAAUUGAGUACGAUGUUAAGACAAGUUGUUGAUAAAAUAAAAAUAUUAGAACCUAAAUUUUCUGGAAAAAAAAUAACUGAAACUUUUAAUUUGUCAAGAAGACUUAAAAAUUUGGAACAUUAUAGUUUUUAUAUGAAAAAAUUUAAAAAAUUAAGCUUAAAAAUUCUUCAAGAUAAAGACUUAAAUUUUUCAGAUUUUAAAAGAUUCCAAUAUUUAUAUAUUUUGUUAGUUGUAGCAACAAACGGAGGAAGAUCAGAGUUUGCGUAUAAGCAAACAGUUAAUAAUAUUAGCCAUGAAAAUGGUGAAGAAUUGUCUGUCAAUGUCAAUUAUUAUUUAAUGGAACUAUUGAAAGAAGUUGGAUGGAGCUUGGAAGAUGGCUUAGUGUACACUUUUAGAAGAUCCGCUGCCACCUCAUCAAAAUAUAUCAAUAAUGAUACUGAUAUAACAUGUUUUUUGCGAGGUCACUCAUCCAAAACCAGUGCGGUAAUAUUAGAUAAAGAUAUGGCAAAAAAAGUAGCUAUAAAAGCAAUAAAAGCUUUGAGAUUAUUAGAAAAAGAAAAAGGAGAAUUUGAUGAAAAUAUAAAUAAUAAAUAUUACAUAAAUAAUAGAUUCAAUCCUAAUAGUAUUUCUAAAGACCUUAAAAAAAUAAUUUUAAAUAAUGAAGAUGAUGAAAAUAAUGAAAUUGAUGAUAAAAAUGAAAAUGAUAAUGACAAUGAUAAAAAUGAUAUUGAAAUUAAAAUUGAAAAAGAUGAUAGAAAUGAUGAUUAUGAAGAAUUCAAAAAAAAAAUGAAAAAUAUAAUGCUCCUAAAAGACAUUUAA